AUGAAAAGCCGGUUACGAACAAAAGUUUGGUGGCCCAAAAUAGAUGAACAAGCAGAAAAGCUUGUUAAGGCUUGUAAAGGCUGUACGUUAGUAUCAGCACCAACUAUUUCUUAUUCAAUGAAAAGAAGACAGAUCCCUACAGGACCAUGGAUAGAUGUCGCUGUGGAUUUUAUGGGGCCUUUACCGAGCGGAGAUCACCUUUUUGUAGUAGUCGACUACUUUAGUAGAUACAAGGAAAUUAAAAUCAUGAAAAGUAUAACAGCAGCAAAUACCAUCAAUGCACUUAAAGAAAUAUUUUCAAGGUUAGGUUUUCCAGCCUCUAUUACCUGCGACAUUGGAAGACAAUUUACCAGCGAGGAAACCAAAUCAUUUUGUAAUGAAAAUGACAUAAAAAUUUAUUAUUCUAUUCCUUACUGGCCACAAAUGAAUGGCGAGGUGGAACGUAAAAUCGUGAUAUCCUGA